CCGGCACUCCAGUCGGGCCAUGUUCCUGAUUUCACCAGCUUUCCUCGCUCUCAGUCUCUCCUGAACGUCGACCACCAUGUCUGCCAACGAUGAGUUCCGCAAGCGCACCCUCGCCAGGCUCGACAGCGUCAAGAAUCAUCUCCAGACUUCCCCGCGUGGCGCACGUCUCAAGGGCAAGGUGUGCGUGAUCACCGGCGCAGGUUCGCUCAAGGGGAUCGGACGGGCUUCAGCCCUAAUCUUCGCGCACGAAGGGGCACGGCAUCUCUACCUGAGCGACUAUGACCCGACCAACCUUCCCGACCUCAAGGCAACGAUCGAGAAGUCCUACCCUGACGUCAAGGUAACCGCUAUUGAAGCCGACGCCGCAGACGAGACGGCCGUGUCCAACAUAUGCAAGCAGGCCUUACAAGAUGAAGGCCGUCUCGACGUCUUCUUCGCCAACGCCGGCAUAGCGACCGCGCAGCCGUUCUCUGCGGUUUCUUCGGAACAGUUCAUGAAUGUCAUGAGAGUGAACGCAUUGUCUGUAUUCCUAGCAAUUAAGUACGCCUCAGAAGCCAUGUUGAAGACCAAUCCCUCGCGCGGCAAGGAACACAGUGGCGGAAGCAUCAUUCUAACUGCUUCAGUUGCGGGAGUACGGUCCGGCGCGGGUCCGACCGACUACAGCGCCAGCAAAUCUGCUGUGAAUAGUAUGGCCCAGACGGCCGCGUACCAGCUGCGGCACACCGACAUCCGCGUCAACAGCAUCUGCCCAGGCCUCAUCGAGACCGGCAUGACGAACGACAUGUUCACGCACGCACGCUCGAGAGGCAACGAGGCCAAGAUCGGCCAGCUCAAUCCUCUCGGCCGCUACGGUUUGCCGCAGGAGAUCGCGAACGUCGCACUCUUCCUUGCAUCAGACGAAUCGAGUUACGUGAACGCCCAGAACUGGGCCGUCGACGGGGGGCUGUCCGGUUCGCACCCCGUCGUUCCUGGAAAGUUGGCAUAAGGCCGGGUGGAUAAAUGUACCACAUGGUCAGAUAUGUAUCUAAGCUUGUAUAUAGUGGUUCUAUUAGCGGAUGGAUUGGAAUGUCGCAUAUCCCG